UCAGUUGGACAGCAGCGAGACACACCAAGUGAAUUUUAUACUGCGUACAAUUCAGAUUUCCGAGAAUGCCUUUCGAAAGAGACCCAUAUCCAUACCCGAAAUACGAAAAUGACAUCAACUUCACCGGGGUAAAGCCGCAGCAGAGCAUGCGUUACACCAGACCAGCUCAUUUAGCCCAAAACGACCAGCCCUGGAAUCGCCUGAAUGACUGCGCUACUCUGGCCAGCAUUAGACGCAGCGUCAUGUAUUAUGAUGAAGAGGCCCCAAAGGACAGCUUGGAUUUACACCUCAAGGCCAUGUAUGACCACCACCUUGAGUUCUUAAGGAAUAAAAAUGAGACUCUUUUCCAGAGAGAGACCCUCACAGAGGAUCAUGGGAGAAUUCUGAAAAACCGGGUGAGGGAGGCACCCCCAGAUUUUGUCCUUGAGAAAUCACAACUGAGAGAGUGGAUCAACUCCCAGAAGCCAUCCAUUCACACCAUAGAGGGAACAAUAGAAAGUCACCACAAUGCCUCUACAAACAGGGGUUACUCGAGAAAGCACGACGGCGGAUUCUACUCGAUUUAAACUCUCGAAUCUGUCAUACCCCUAGGAUCACUUUGUGAA